UAGUUUUGUUUUGAUAAUUUUUACUAAAGUUAUGUUGUAUUUCUUCUUCCAUCUUGAGAAUGUUAGCUCAGAAUAUUAAGCUGAUAGCAAUUGUGACGUAAACUCUGUACUUACUGUUUGAUCAUUGUUAAAAAACAUCGAAUAUUAUAAUGUCUUCGAAGGAAGAAAAGUGUAAAUCAACGAAUGUGUUGGUAUUAUAUACAGGUGGAACGAUAGGGAUGUAUCGAUCGAAUGCUGGCUUAAAGUGUGGAUCAGGUUUCACAGACCUUCUUAAGAAACUUCCCAUGCUACAUGAUGAUGAUUAUAAAUAUCCAAACCAGAGAAAGCCAGAUGUCAGCCAUGAUCUUCAUGAAUUGGUGUUGCCGUUAUCUGAAUAUGGUGUACGUGUGUUUUAUUAUAUCAAAGAAUAUGAAGAGAAAAAGGAUUCGUCGAACAUGGACAGUGAGGAUUGGGUUGAAAUAGCCAAGGAUGUCAGGGAUAAUUAUGAUGCAUUUGACAGUUUUGUUAUUCUUCAUGGUACUGACACAAUGUCCUACACAGCAUCUAUUCUUUCCUUCAUGUUUCAAAAUCUUCACAAAACUGUCAUCCUCACUGGAUCUCAAAUAUCACUUUUUGAACAACGUAAUGAUGGCCGUAAUAAUGUACUUGGUGCUUUAAUGUUUGCUGGUCACUUUGUCAUUCCCGAAGUGACAUUGUUUUUUCAUGGUAAAUUGUAUCGUGGUAAUAGAACCACAAAGAUCAAUUCGGGUGAUUUUCUGGCAUUUGAUUCACCCAAUCUAGCCCCGCUUGCUACAAUUGGUGCAGAAAUUAAUGUUCGCUGGGAUGUUAUCUGGAGAUGUGACCCUAAUAAGAAAUUUACUGUUCAUACAGAAUUGAAUCUUGAUGUUGGAGUGCUGAAGCUAUUUCCUGGAAUAACUGAUAAUACAGUUGAAUCCAUUUGCCGUGAACCAGUAAAGGGAAUUGUUUUGGAAUCGUUUGGCGCUGGAAAUUGUCCAAAUGAACGAAAAGAGUUCAUUGAAAUUUUGGAAAAGGCAAUUAAACGUGGUGCAAUUAUUUUUAACUGCACCCAGUGUUUGAAGGGAGGUGUAAAAAAGGAUUUUGAAACUGGAAAGAUUCUGUUUGACAUCGGUGUCCUUUCUGGAUCUGACAUAACAACUGAAGCAGCGCUCACUAAACUUUCAUACGUUUUAAGUAAGGAUUUACCUUUAGACAAAAAGAAGGAGUUAAUGGAAACCAGUAUUCGUGGUGAGUUGAGCGUCGCUUCAACGAGCAAGAGUGGAUUUAUCAAAGCAAUUGCCAGUGAUAUGGACUCUACCCCGGACAAUAACGAUGUUAGUAAACUUCUUCUAAAUGGUACCUCUCAUCACAAGGAUAAUGAAAAUGGUGCAGCUCAUUAAUGAUUGCCUUACAUUCAAAACAAGAUGAAACAAUACAGUCAAGGUGGUACAUAGAAGAAAUCUAGGAGUUAAAAGUAAAUUACAGCAAUUGAGAGUAAUUACUCGACAUGUAAUUUAAUUUGUUUGCGUAUUGUACUAAAUUAACCAAGCUCAAAGUUUUAAACAUGAAAGAACAAUUAAUUUAUUAAAUUACUAGUUAUUUAAUCCUGGUAUAAAGAUGGUGCUUGAAGAUUUACAUAAGUUCAAAACUAGAUAAAAUGACAGGACUCCGGACCACGAUCGUAAAAUUCCGCCCCGUACUUCAGUAAGCUAGAUUGCAGGAAAUAUUACGAUUCUUCCCGCUUCUGAUUUGUAAAAAAUGAAUUAUUUGAAUGCUGUUCA